UUUACAAGACAUUUUUCACCGGUUCACCUUCGAUAGUGUUUGCUUAGUGGCUUUGGGUUUUGAUCCAAAAUGCCUCUCCAUUGAAUUCCCACACGUUUCCCAUGCAAAAGCGUUUGAUCAAUUAUAGGAAAGUGUGUUCUACCGACACAUUGUGCCAGAAAGCUAUUGGAAGCUACAAAGAUGGCUUCAAAUCGGAAGUGAGAAGAAGCUCAGCAUUGCUUGGAAAAUUUUAGAUCAAUUUAUAUACAAAUGCAUCUCAUCCAGGCAAGAAGAACUAAGCCAAAGUAGAGCCCCAAAGACUGAGGAAGAAAAGUUCAACUUGUUGACAGCUAUUGGGGAACAAGGAGAAGAAAUUGGAGGUAUUAUAAAAUCUGACAAGUUUCUAAGGGACACUGCAUUUAAUCUCAUGGCAGCUGGGAGAGAUUCUGUAAGUGCAGGCCUCACUUGGCUUUUUUGGAUUGUUGCAACACACCCAUAUGUGGAAGCUAAAAUUCUAGGAGAGAUCAAGGAGCAUUUGUUGGACAAAGGAUAGUUGAAAGAUUUUAACUAGAUGAGCUAAAUAAGUAAGCUAGUUUAUCUCCAUGGAGCGAUAUGUGAAUCCUUACGCCUUUGUCCACCCGUACCUUUCGAGCACAAAUGUUCAAUUCAAUCUGAUAUUCUUCCUAGUGGUCACUCUAUCAGGCCAAAUACAACAAUGAUAUACUCUUUAUACUCAAUGGGAAGGAUGGAGAGCAUAUGGGGUCAAGAUUGCUUGGACUUCAAGCCAGAGAGAUGGAUUUCAGAGCGUGGAGGAAUAGUGCAUGUACCAUCUUUCAAGUUCAUAACAUUUAAUGCAGGUCCAAGGACUUGUCUAGGUAAGGAUAUAACCUUCAUUCAAAUGAAAAUAAUCGCAAGUGCCAUCCUUUGGAAUUACAGUGUUCAAGUGGUUGAAGGUCAUCCUGUAUCACCUGGCAUCUCGGUUAUACUUCACAUGAAGCAUGGUUUAAAGGUGAGAAUCCGCAAAAGAUUUGUUUGACAAAGAAAUUGUACUACUUGCUAAAGCUCAUUGGUGGCAAGGGAGUUCUCCUUGUCACCCAAUAAAUAUAGUUGAAAGUAUUGUUUCCGAAUAAAUAUAGUUGUGUGAUUUACUUGGAUUGUGCACUUGCAGUUCUUCAUGUAAGCAUUUAGUAUAUAUAUAGGAGCCACAUGAUUUGGGUUGGAUGUAAUUUCGAUAAAUGAA